UGUACACACACGCACCACCCUCUUCCCCCUUCUGCCUGUGUGUCACUAAGCUCUGAAACCCUCUCUCACACAGAAUAUAAAAAAGUUGGCCAAAGUCUGUCUCAGCUCCAAUUGCUACCAGACACCCACAACAACCUCUCUCUCUCUUUAUCGCUCUCUCACACACACCCACCACCCCUCAUUCCUGGCACAGAGAAGACAGGACCACUGGAGAGACCAUACACACCUCCUCCUCCUCCUCCAGUCACUCACCCAGCCAUCGUCAGACGCUAAGCCCAGGAUGUGGACUUUGCUCUUGGGGGUCACCUUUGGAUUACUGGCCUUCUCCAGGUCGGAACCGGCUCAAGCUACAGUGAAGUCGCGUAGCUGCAGCCAUGCCGGAGUGUACCACGUGGAGGGAGAAGUUCGCUACUCAUUGACCUUUGACCUGGCCAAGAAGCUGUGUGAGAGACUGGGUGCCACCAUUGCCAGUGGGGAACAGGUCAUCGAGGCACAUGCCCGAGGCCUAGAGACCUGCAGAUAUGGUUGGAUCAGCAACGGAAACACCACCAUCCUCAGACAAAAGGCCCACGUUAACUGUGCCAACAACAUGACUGGAGUCUUCUACCAUCAUGCGAAUGCAGACCAACCCUUUGAUGCCUUCUGUUUCAAUGCAUCAGAUUUGGCUGACAAGAACUGUGAUGCGGCCAUCAACCCUGAAUCAACAGGACCAGAGAGUGUUCAGGUGACAGAUGGAGACCUUGCUUCAGAUGCUGCAGUAUCAGAACCAGACACCACAGCAGUGGUGAAGGACCAGGACCAGAGAAAGCCAGAGGCCACAGAGACAGCCCCAGAGGAUGGAGCCCAGCCUGAGGCCCACGUCAACCUCAAGCCUGACUCCCAGAACACCACCUCCGCCCCUGGGGAAGAGAGAGCCGAGAGCACCACUGAGUUACUGGAAGAAGUGGGCACAGCCCAGCCUGCACCCACAGAGGCCAGCUCAGAGGAGGCAGCAGCAGUGGCUGAGGGUGAUGCUUCAGAGGGGGCAGCCACAGAGAGCCCUGCCGGGGAGGAAGAGCAGGCUGAGGGAGAUGAGACCCAGGCAGCCAGCCCCACUAAGCAACCUGAGGUGGAGGUCAAUGAGAUGGAAAUGAACACUGGGUCUGGGAUGCUGCCUACUGGCUCAGAGGAGCAGGGGGCCUCUUCUAUGGCACCACCUGUUAAAGAGCCAGAAGAACCACAGGGCCCGGCCAGCGAGGAGGAUGUACAGGAGAACGAGGUGGAAGUAGAAGCCUCUAUGCAGACCAUUCCUAAUGGGAGGAUGAAUCCAGGUAUGGGAGCAGCCCCUACUCCAGCUGGGCAGGAGAAAAGUAGCACACCCAGUUGGCUGAUCCUUUUGGGAGUGCUUGUGGCACUGGUUGCUAUUCUGCUUGUGUGUGUUGUUGUGGUCAAGCGUAAGAGCUGGUGCAGUCAGCAGCAGACCCUGAUGAUCACCAACAAGGAUGGGAAUGAGAGUAACGGUGCGGCGGCGUCAGUGGCUAGCUCCCGCGCCCAGGAGAGAGAGCAGGAGAUGGUGACCCUGAUGAAUAAAGAGAAGAUCCAGGAAAACGGAAACACAGAGGAGUUCACCGCCAUCACACUGGAGGAGUCCCCAGAGAAAGAACAGCUAGCGUGAGAGAGAGAGAGAGAGAGAGGAGAGAGAGAGAGAGAGAGAGAGAGAGAGAGAGAGAGAGAGA